AUGCCAGCUAUGGCCAAAUCCCCAUUGAACUCGAAGAAUCCGACCACGGUUGCGAAGAAAAUAUACGCUGGAGCCGGAAUUGUCGGCAAUGGUGGACACGGAGAAGUCGUGUGCCCGCUGUUCAAUGCCGAUGGCUCGAUAUGCAGGAAGAAGUGCGUUGGUAACUUUGCUUACCGCUCCAUUUGUGAGCACAUUCGACGGGCACAUCCGGACAACUGGAUUCCAAAGCUUCCAGCGAGCCCCGAAACCUUCGCAAAGAUGGUCAAUUUACCACCCAGAGGUCUAGCGGCGAGUGCUGUGAACGCUCAGUUUCAUAUGAGGAACCCUCAGCAUAUACCAGCCACUCCUGCUAUGCCGGUAUUCAGAAAGGCUGGAAAAGCUCUUCCCAAGCAUGAAGAUGAGCAGUAUGUUGAUGGGAUGUCGCCUCCAUCGCCAGCAAACGAAUCAGAAACCCUUCCUUCGAUAUCCCUGUCUACAAAUCCCGUUACCUUCCACUCAAACUUCCCAGCCGUGAUAUCCGAUUAUGGAGAGCACGACUGUGAAGACAAUCACGAUUUUAUGGGAGAGGAUGACCUCGAGGAGGAGAUGCGCUCUAGACGCAGCGAUAUCGACACGGAGGAUGAUAGCGACGAUGGCCGUCGUAACCCUCACCGUCAUCAAUUGCUUCACCACAACCAUCACCGCAACCAUUUGCAAUCUCAGCUCCCUCCCCUUCGAACCGGCAAGCACCCAACCUCUUUGAAGCGAAAGCGUCAACCCUAUGCUGCCAGUAGCCCCGAGACCGGCACCAUCGCCGACAACUCCAGCACUCAGUCCUCCAACGCUUCUCGUUGGGAUGAGCUCAUCGAAGCUGCAACCACCCGCGCUGUAGCAAUUGACCCGAAGCCUUUCCACCACCAUCGUCCAUCCCACCAUCACGAAUACAGCCAUGCUCCGCAAACACCACUAUCUCCUCCCGCGACUGCAUCAUCAUCAUCUCACCAUUCGCUAGCGCCCACCGCUUCACCUCCAUCCACUUCAGCUUCCGAAUUCCCCAUGUCGGGUCCCCGCAGGCUCUUGUGUGCCACUUGUGAUAACCUCACACCGAUCCACGAAGCUUUCGCGUGUACGGAAUGUAUGUCCGGCUUCUGCGAUGAAUGUGCUUUCAACUCUGGAAGAAGGGGAAGCUGCCUGCGGCGAAUGCAGAGCUGUUGGAGGGAAAUUCAAGCCCCUCAGAAUUGUUGUCCGAUAAAAGCAGACUAAAAGUUUUGAAGUUUCUUUCUUUCACAUUUUGUGGGCUUGGGGGUGUUUCCCCCCCCUCCUUUUCUCACCCGCAUUCUGGCGUUUGCAACAUCAUGUCUUGUUUCUCCUAUUUCUUUUUACACUUUUUUUCUUGUAUGUUAUUUUCAGCAGGUGUUUUUUCAAACGACUGAAGUGAUACUGAUUACGGUCA